CGUUGUCCCGGUGCCAUCCGGGGGGAAGAGUUUAGGUGGCAGCAACCCCGGGAGGGAUGAGGACGGUGAAGGUGCGGUGGUUGCUUCUCCAGGUCGCUCCCUUCUCCGCCUCCGCUCCCCGCCCUUCCCUCGGCCGGCAGGCCAGGGGCCCUGGCCCAGGGACCUGUGAGAUUUAAGAAUAUCUCUCCUAAGAAAAUUCGCUGCUUCUACAGCCUUCCAUCUUAGUGUGCAAUUGAUGAUUUCACUUGAGGCACCUAUCUGAAGAAACUAACAGUAGGCAAGGUGUAAUUGCCCUUUAAAAAUGUUAAAAGUUCAGCAGUGUGUAACAGCUGUCAAGAUACCCAAGAAAAAGCCAUAUAUUUGUGACAUGUGCUAUAAACAGUUUGAAACUCCAUCAAAAUUAGCUAGGCAUUAUCUCAUACAUACUGGUCAAAAGCCAUUUAAAUGUCAUGUAUGCAAUAAAACAUUUAGGCAGCUAGUCCACCUGGAGAGGCAUCAGUUAACCCAUAAUCUGCCUUUUAAGUGUAUUGUUUGUUAUAGAAACUUCAAAAAUGUAAUAACUUUCUUAAAGCAUCAGCAGCUUCAUAGUGAAAAUUAUGAGAAUGAUACAAAACAAGCAGAAAACUCCAUGAAUUCUGAGCAAGGCAGGGUCACUUGUGGCAUAUUUCAGUGUUCUGUAUGCUGGAAACCUUUUAAAACUGAAGAGAAGUGGAUGCUGCAUCAGUGUCUGAAGUCAGAUCAUCUACAUGGUGCCAGAAAGAGAAAGAAAACUCACACUUGUGAAUCAUGUAACAAGACAUUUCCAUCAAGAUCCAAGCUAGAAAGACACUUCCUUAUUCACACUGGACAGAAACCUUUUAAGUGUUCUUCAUGUGGCAAAUCUUUCAGACAGUCAACACACUUGAAAAUUCAUCAGCUCACACACACAGAAGAAAGGCCUUUUCAGUGCUGUUUUUGUCAGAAGGGAUUUAAAAUACAGAGCAAACUUGUGAAGCAUAAACAGCUCCAUGCCAGAAAUAAGACUUUCCCCAGUACUGCAUGCAAAGCAAAGGCUCUUAAGUAUCCCAGACCACACAGCCUGAUGGAAGGGAAGAGGGAUAGUUUCAAGAAUGCUGACACACAUGAGUCACAGGAGAAUGACCCACAUGAUGUUCACUCAAUUUAUAUUGUACCCUUUGAAUGCCCAGCAUGUGAGCAGUGUUUUGAAACAGAGCAUGUUCUAAAUUUGCACAAAUGUUGUUGUCCAAGAGACAGCAGAAGUUCAAAUAAUGGUACAACAGCUUGCAGACACACAGUCAACAUGAAAAAUAAGAUCCUGAUGAAACUGAAGCGUACUGGAGCAAAGGCAACAGAUUUUUCUCUGACUGACAGAAAAAAACCCAAAUCAGGUCAUGUUAGAAAUCCUGACCUGGUUGCAGCUAGAGAUCAGUGUUCUGAUCAGCAUGCCUCCACUAAACCUUCCAAGGAUUGCCACAGCAACCUUGACAUGCAUAAGGCACUUAGUAAUCAGAUGAAAAGAACGUUGACUGUGCCACUACCUUGGCAAGAGUACCUGCAACCUCACAACUUGGGUGUUAAUUUAAAAGGUGUGCUCACUGAUGAAAGCAUGUUAAACGUUGAUGAUUCACCGGGUAAUAAAGAUGAUGCUUUUUAUGGUUCAUCAAAUGAUAACUUCUUUGAUAAUCCAGAAGUACGUCACUGUGCUUUUUCAGCUUCUGCUAAAAAUAUACAUAACAGACACAAAGUGUGUCAAUGUGACAGAUGUGAAAAAAUUUUUCCAUCUUCAUCCAAACUUCAAAGACAUUAUCUUAUACACACGGGACAGAAGCCCUUUGGCUGUAAUGUUUGUGGGAAGACAUUUAGACAAUUAGCUCACUUAAAAAGACAUCACCUCACCCAUACUGAAAAGAGACCCUGUAAAAGCCCCAUUUGCCAGGUAGAAUUUGAAAACCUGAACAAACUUUUCAAUCAUCAGGGAGAUCGCAUUGAAUUUAAGUCUUCUCAGCCUGUGGGUUAUUCUCAAACACCUUCACAGCCAUCUGGCUUUCAAGAAUUUGAGCUGAUUCAGUCAAACCAAGCAGCUGAAAUCAAAGUUGAAAUCGAGUCGGGGAAUUUUGUGCUUGACACCAGCAGUAGAAACCCACAGCUGUAUUUGUGUAGUAAAUUGUUGGAAACAGAGCAAAGCUGUUACAGUUAUUGGCAUAAUUUUUCUGAAGGUACUGAGAAAAGUGAAGCUGUUAACAAAUUGUAUCAAUGCAGUAUCUGCUUUAAAACUUUUAAAUCUCCUUCUAAGCUUGAAAGACAUUACCUAAUGCAUGCUGGACAGAAACCUUUUCAGUGUUUAGUUUGUGGAAAAAAAUUCAGACAGACUCCACAUUUGAAAAGACACCACCUUAUUCACUUUAAAGAGCUUAAAGCUUAGCUUCACUGAGCAACAGGAGAAUAUGUUGUUUUUAUCAAAACUGGAUAAUGUCCUAUGAAAUCAUAGAUUUAAAAUUUGGUUGCAUAAUUAUUAAAAUACUUAUGUUAGACCAAACAAUUAACUAAAGAGGAUUAUAUUUUUCUGUUACACGGAUGAGCUGGUGAAGAGUUAAUAUGCUGUCUUCAGAACUGUCUCCUUGUUAUAAUUUGUGAGAUAUGAAUGUUGAAAUGUUUUAAAAAAUGCAAAAAAACUACUCUGCAUUCCUUUGGCUAAAUUAAUUUAUAAAUAACAUUCUUACUGUAUUAAUAGUGUUGCAGUAAUCUGCAGUGCUCCAUGAAUCAGAUAUUUUAAAAGUUUUACCUUUUUCUGUGUAGUAUUUUAUGUUCAAUGACAACUACCAGAAAAGUAAAGACAAGGUAAUUGCCACAAUAUAGAAAAAAUGGUCCCUUUACUUUCUUCUGGCUCCCUAUAUGUUGCAAGCAAAGGACACUUGCUGUAUUUGUUUCAUAUUUUUAAAAAAUGGAUAUUUUUAGAAAAAAGAUACAAAAAAGGAAGAAAGUACAAAAGGGGAGAAAUGAGAAAAUGAGAAAAACGUGAGGUUUAAUGAGAAAAAUGUUGAUGUGGCAUUACAGAACAUUCUGUUUUCUACAGAAUAGAAAAAAAGGCUUUUUAAUGUGCUUGGAGAUCUAUUCCUCAUCUUGGAGAUGAGAAAUUAGAUUAUUACCCUUUUUAUAUAAAAUAUAAGGAGACAGUGCUAAAAUGUUAGGAUUUAUAAUCAAUCCAUUUCACUACUUGAUUAACUCCACUUCCUUGUGUAUCCCUCGCCUUCUCUAGCUCUUUUGGCCAAUUCGUAUAUUACUGAACUAUUUUUAUGUAAGAGAAGUGGACAAGAAAUUAUCAUUAACUUUACAAACGUGCUUACUAUCUGUUCUAGUCUCCUUUCCUUCUAUCAUACAUGUUGAACCAGUAAAAGAAGUGUUCUCCAAGAUGUGAUAAUAACUCAGACAAGCAGUUUUGCCAGGAAGUCAUGUUCUCAUUAUAUUAAAUAUAAGAGACUGAAAAUUACUUUUAGCUGAAAUUAAGUAAUUCUGAUUUUGUAUUAAUAGAAUCUGUAGCUAUACUUUCUGGUAAUUAGAUGGCUUUGUCCUUUGUGCUGAAGAGGCUGGCAAGAAGUGUAAGUGCAGUGGAGCUUUAUACAUUAUGAACAAGAAUGAAGUUUGUUUCUUUUUUAUUUUCCCCUGAAGAAACUACCUUUUAGGAUACCUUGUUUGUUAUACAAUUUUCAGUAGUUGAAACCUGAAGUUUUAAUCCUAUUUCUAAAUUAGUAUCUGUAAGAUACAUGACAUUCUCUAUUUAAAUAGAUCCAUAUUUAUUUAACUAAAAUGGGUUUGAUUUUUUUUUUAUUUUUGAAGUGGUGUGAGCUUUGUAGUAUUUCGUGAAUAUGAAGUGAAGGGUAAAGGGCGUUUUUAUUUUCAUACAUGUUAUUCUUUUCCAUUUUCAGAGAAAAUAAAACCAGGAAAAAUACUCAGAAACAGUCUGUAGUUACUAUGAUUUUUGUGUGACAGACAAAUUCAGUAUAUUAAUAAUUACCAUAGUUAUAUAUUGAGAUUUUUUUCUCCCUACGUGAAUUGUUUCAUAUUGAAAGAACACUGUAUAAAAUGUUUUGAAAGGAUAUUGCUGAGCUCUUUUAAAAUACCUGUAAUAAACUAUU